AUGGAUGCAAAUGAAUUCCGAUCGGCCGCUAAGCAACUGGUCGACUAUAUUGCCGACUAUUUGGAGAAUAUUCGUGAUCGACCUGUACUACCAUCAGUACAACCCGGAUAUAUUAAACAAUUGAUUGGUGACUCGGCACCUGAACAGGGACAACCAUGGAGUGAAAUAUUUAAUGAUAUUGAAAAAGUUAUAAUGCCAGGGAUAACCCAUUGGCAUUCACCUCAUUUUCAUGCAUACUUUCCAACAGCCAAUUCCUAUCCAUCAAUAUGUGCUGAUAUGUUGUCCAGUGCACUGGCAGUUAUCGGCUUUACAUGGAUUUCAAGUCCAGCCUGUACUGAGCUGGAGAUGCAAAUGAUGGAUUGGUUGGCAAAAAUGCUUGAUUUACCACAACAUUUCAUGUUUAGCUCCGGCGGAAAGGGUGGCGGUGUUAUACAGGGAACGGCCAGUGAGGCCACAUAUGUCACUCUUCUAGCGGCCAGAAAUAAAUUAUUGGCACAACAUAACAAUAAUAAAGAUAUACUAAAUAAGUUGGUCGCCUAUGCGUCCAGUCAAUCGCACUCUAGUGUUGAAAGGGCCGGCCUAUUGGGUGCCAUUCAGAUAAAACAACUGCCGACAGAUGAUAAGUUAAGCUUAAGAGGCGACACACUGAGCAACCAGAUCCAGAAGGAUAGGGCCGACGGUCUAAUACCUUUCUAUGUUGUGGCCACCCUCGGCACUACUAAUACAUGUGCUUUUGAUAAUUUGCUUGAAAUCGGCAAAGUUUGUGAAGAAGAAGAACUAUGGCUUCAUAUUGACGCUGCUUUUGCCGGCUCGGCCUUCAUAUGCCCUGAAUUUAGACAUCAUUUGAAUGGUGUCGAGUAUGCUUCAUCAUUCAAUUUGAAUCCACAUAAAUGGAUGCUAAUUAAUUUUGAUUGCUCCACAUUAUGGAUUAAAAAUGCUGAUUAUAUUGUGAACGCGUUUAAUGUGAACCCAGUUUAUCUAAGACAUGACAAACAGGGACAGAUACCUGAUUAUAGGCACUGGCAAAUACCAUUAGGUCGACGAUUUCGUUCAUUGAAGAUGUGGUUUGUCUUCAGGAGCUUUGGUGUUCAAGGAUUACAGAAUCAUAUAAGAAAACAAGUAGAAUUAGCCAAAUUAUUUGAGGAACUGGUGGCCAGUGAUGACAGAUUUGAGAUAAUAACUAAACGAGAGCUCAGUUUGGUUUGCUUUAGAUUAAAGGGCUCAAAUGAGAUCAAUGAAAAACUGGUAAAACUAAUCAACGACAACAAGAAUAUUCACGUAACGCCCACCCGAGUGGCCGGUCAGUUCAUCAUACGGUUUGCUGUCUGUGCCCGAACUACCGAAGCCAUUGAUAUUGAUUUUGCUUGGCGUGAGAUAUGCCGACUAAUCAGUCAAACAAUUGCCCAGUGA